GACAGCCUAUUACAAAGUCAGCUGAGAGAGAGAGAGAGAGAGAGAGAGAGAGCAAGAGCAAGCAGCUAAUCAGUAGAAUGUGUAUUUGCAUCCUUGUAGGUUUGGUUUAACAGAAGCUCCAUCUUGUAAGGAGUAAAGAGAGAGGCCCUCAUCAAAAUAUGUUGCUGGUUUUGCUGGGCUGGUGUUUCGGGGCCACAGUGCUUUUAUAUGUGUUGUACUCCUGGCUCAUCCCCACUGCGGUGCAGUUCAAUGGCAGUCUGGCGUUACUCUGGCACGAUGUCAUCGUUGAGCGCGCUCUUGAUACUCUGACCAGAUCAACUCGACCACAGCGUCUGCUGAAAGCAGUACAGAAGCAUGCGACCCGUGGUGACCCUCAGAGUGUGAUCUCGGCCAUUGAUCAUUUCUGCCGACACAGUGAAUGGGCUAUGAACGUUGGAGAUGAGAAAGGCUCUAUUCUGGACUCAGUGGUGAGUGAGUUGAACCCAGAGAAGGUCCUAGAGUUGGGCACAUACUGUGGAUACUCCACAGUGCGUAUCGCUCGUCUGCUUCCUCCUGGAGCUCGACUGAUAACACUGGAGUUCAAUGCUGAUUAUGCUGCAAUUGCUCGACAAGUAAUCGCCUGGGCAGGUCUUGAAGACAAAGUCCAGCUUGUAGAAGGUGCGUCUGAAGAUUGGAUCCCAUGCAUGAAGGAGCACUUUGGAAUUGAAACGUUUGAUUUUGUUUUUCUGGACCACUGGAAGGACCGUUACCUCCCUGACACAAAACUAAUGGAGGAUUGUGGUCUGCUAAGGAAAGGCACCGUUCUGCUUGCUGAUAAUGUGAUCUGUCCAGGAGUCCCAGACUAUCUUGAAUAUGUGCGCAAUGGCCUUUCUUAUAAAAGCUGCUAUUUUAAAUCCCAUUUAGAGUACACCAAGGCAGAGGACGGCUUGGAGAAGUCUGUGUUUUUGGGCUAGAGAUAUACAGGGAUGGUUCAGAGUUUCUGAGACCCAGCAUGAGAUAUAUUUUAAAUGAUUUAUUAUCAUAAGUCCCUAAGAUGUAUUGUGCUUAAAGUGUAAAUCGGGACACACAGCUCUGCGUUUAUGUUUUACAACUGUGUACCACUAGAGGGUAGGAUCACGUUUAAAAUGGCUAAAUGAAAUAUGUGGCUGUGUCAAGACCAGACCCUCAUAUAUCACAUAUUUGUGUUUGUACAGAAAAUAGGACUUUUGUAGGUUAUUUCAAGGUUAUUCUGUAAUAAUUAAAACAUUGCCACUUUGUGCUGAUGAAGAUAUAC